AUUCCAACUGAAAUCCAGGGGAAUCCCACGUAAAUCCCAGGAAUUCCAACUGAAGUCCAUGGGAAUUUCAGAUGAAUCCUGGGAAUUCCAACUGAAAUCCAUGGAAAUUUUAGAUAAAUCCAUGGAAAUUCCCCAGAAAUCCAGGCCAAAUCCACCAGAAAUCCAUGGGAAUGUCGGAUAAAUCCAUGGAAAUUCCCCAGAACCCCCCUCAGUGCCCCCACGGAGCCGAUCCCGGGAUCUGGGGGGGGUUUCCCGCCCGGAAUUCCCAGGAAAAGCCCUGAAUGCUGGGAUUUGGUGCAGCUGGCGCUGAAGCACCGGCAGGGCAAGAACCACAAGAUGAGAAUCAUCGCCUUCGUCGGCAGCCCCGUCCUCGACAGCGACAAGGACCUGGUGAAGUUGGCCAAGCGCCUGAAGAAGGAGAAGGUCAACGUGGACAUCAUCAACUUUGGGGAGGAGGAAGCCAACACGGAGAAGCUGACGGCGUUCAUCACGGCUCUCAACGGCAAGGACGGCAGCGGCUCCCACCUGGUGACGGUGCCGCCGGGGCCCAGCCUGGCCGACGCCCUCAUCAGCUCCCCGGUGCUGGCCGGCGAGGGCGGCGCCGUGCUCGGCCUCGGAGCCUCCGACUUCGAGUUCGGCGUCGAUCCCAGCGCCGAUCCCGAGCUCGCGCUGGGAUUGGGAAUUUCAGUUGGGAAUUGGACCCUGAGGAAAUCCCAGAUUUGGUUCCUCCAUCACCCCUCGUUCCCAAGGAUCGGGAAUUUCAGUUGGGAAUUUCAGUUGGGAAUUGGACUUGGAGGAAAUCCCAGAUUUGGUUCCUCUGUCACCAACCCCUCAUUCCCCAGGGAUUGGGAAUUUCAGUUGGGAAUUGGACUCAGGAAUUGGAGGAAAUCCCAGAUUUGGUUCCUCCAUCACUGACCCCGCGUU